AUGGACUGGGGCCAUUUGGAGGGACAAGGAGCCUACAGAAAACCCUCCCUCUCAGCCCUACCAGCACCAGUGGUGAAAUCCGGGGAGAAUGUGACCCUGCAGUGUUUCUCAGAGAUCCCGUUUGAGACCUUCAUUGUGGUUCUGCACAGACAGGGAGUAAGAAAGGCCCAUAUGUAUCUUUCUGGGAAGCAUCACCAUGGGCACUCACAGGGAAGCCUCUUCAUAGGACCUAUGACACCUGCCCAUGCUGGGACCUACACGUGCUAUGGUGCUGUCAGUAACCACUCAUAUGAGUGCUCAGACCCCAGUGACCCUGUGGACAUCAAGAUCACAGGAGUCUACAGAAAACCCUCCCUAUUGGCCCUACCAGCACCAGUGGUGAAAUCCGGGGAGAAUGUGACCCUGCAGUGUCGCUCAGAGAUCCCGUUUGAGACCUUCAUUGUGGUUCUGCACAGACAGGGAGUAAGGGAGGCCCAUGUGUAUCGUGGGAAGCAUCAUCAUGGGCACUCACAGGGAAGCCUCUUCAUAGGACCUAUGACACCUGCCCAUGCCGGGACCUACACGUGCUAUGGUUCUGUCAGUAACCACUCAUAUGAGUGCUCAGACCCCAGUGACCCUGUGGACAUCAAGAUCACAGAUCUAUACAAGAAACCAUCUCUCUCAGCCCAGCAAGGCCCUGUGGUGAUGUCAGGAGAGAACGUGACCUUGUCUUGCAGCUCUGACCACCAGUUUCACAGGUUCCAUCUGUCCAGGGAUGGAGUGCCUCAGGGAUGGAGUCUCCAUGCAGUGCACAGUCACAAUGGUACAUUCCAGGCCAACUUCCCUCUGGGUCCUGUGAACCAGGAAGAGACCUACAGAUGCUAUGGCUCUUCCAAUGACUCUCCCCACGAGUGGUCACACCCAAGUGACCCUCUACACCUUUCUGUCACAGGUCGCCUCAAGCUCUCCCAUGUUCUGAUUGCGCUGUCUGUUACCAAGAUCCUUGCCUUUCUUGUCUGCUUCAUUCAUUGUUGGCACUCUACCCAAAAAAAUAAGUCUCGGGUAGAAGCAGCCGAUGCAGCUAUCACUAUCACGGAUCCAGAUCCUGAGGUGGACAGAACGGUGACUAGACAGGAUGCUGAAAGAAAAGAAACACAAGAGGUGGCCUACACAAACUUGGAUCAUUGUCUGGUCACACAGCAAACAAUCACUCCCUCUUCCAAGAAGCCCAAGAAAUCCUCCACAAGUAUCAGUGUGUACAUGGAAGUCAUGAAAUGCUAA